CUCUCCACCCCCUUUGUCUCCGUGUGCGUUUUGCUGCGCUCGCUCUCUACCCGCGGGCCCUCUUCCUCCCUUUUCCUUUCCUCCCGCGGUCUCUCUUGUGCACUGCCGGGACGCUUCUCUGAGGCGAAGGCGCUGCUUCUUCCUUCUACGCCGCCGCCGCCGCCGCCGCUCAUGGAAUCCAUCGAGGAUUUGGCUGUGGGGCCUUGCGCCGCCUCCCAAUAUCUGCGGCCUUUUCGCCUCCGCUACCGCCAGAAUGGUAUUUCAAAGACUUGGGACUUCAUGCGAACACAUGACAGUGUGUCCAUUCUGAUCUUUAAUACUUCUCGGCGGUGCUUUGUUUUGGUGAAGCAGUUCCGUCCAGCUGUCUACAUGUGUGAGAUGGAGCGACACUGUCCUCAAGACUUGGAGUGUAAAAACCAGGAGAGCUGGCGUACUCUACCAGAUCGCUUGCCUGCUUCAGAGGGAGUAACCUAUGAACUCUGUGCCGGUAUUGUAGACAAGCCACAGCUCUCGUUGGAAGAAAUAGCUUGCAAGGAAGUCUUAGAAGAGUGUGGCUAUGAGGUCCCUAUAGUCAGCCUGAAGAGAAUUACUUCAUACAGAUCUGGAGUUGGCGUGACAGGAUCAAAGCAGACAUUAUUCUAUGCCGAGGUAACAGAUGAGAUGAAAGCCAGCGAAGGAGGCGGUCAGCCAGAAGAAGGUGAACUGAUUGAAGUUGUGGAAAUACCUCUGCAGAACAGCAUGAAUUUUGCAUUUGAUGAAUCUUGCCCUAAAACGAUGGGCGUCAUCUUUAGCUUCAUAUGGUUCCAGACCAACAUAGCUCCAAAGCUACUAGAAAAAUAGCAACAGGUACUGAAGUGUACUGGAAGCGUGAGGCUAAUUUAAAAAGCAGAAGACCAAACUAUGUAUAAGAUUUUUUGCUGAAUUUGUGUAGUUCAGAAACCCAUUUCAGGCAAGAGUCAUAAAAAUAUGAAUAGAAAUUAAGAGGCUUUAGUCUGUUGGUUUUUUUUCCCCUGCAGGGGUUAAGUGUUUGAAACCAUUUGCAGCCACAAACAUGAUGCCUCCCCCACCAUUGGCAGUGUAUCUUGACAACCUUGGUUUUAUUAUUGAUUGGGUGAAGGUCACACUGGGCAACACAGAAGCUGCUAAAGCUGGGAUUGCAGAAUCCCAGUUUGCCAGGUUAGAUGUGUAUUUCAACACCAGCUGUUUGUGGAGGGCCAUUUGGAAUGACAAAACAGCAAACAGUGGAAGGAUUACACUCCCAUGUGCCUGCCUCCCAUUUCAUCCACUCCCAGAGGUUUUUUUUAUCAUUUCUAAAGGCCAUUUGGAUUAUGCUACAUAUAUAUGCAUGUAGCAUGUCAUUUGACCAUACACCCUCUAUUAGCAGGAAAAGCGUAUUAACGGACAGAGCAAUAAUAAUCACAGACAGCCCUCAUCCUUGCACUCCAAAAAACUGAGUGUAAGAGUAAGAAUGACUAGCCUUCCGAUGACACACACACACACAUGUAUUUUUGCAUAAGCCAAUUAUCUGUCCAUGCCUCCUGAUUUGAGUAGGAGACCAACUCAGAGCUGUGACUCUUGCAGAGAUGCAACAGGCAAUUGUCAAAAGAGAGGUAAUUCUGUUAUGUCUGUGCAAAAGAAGUGAUUGUAUGAGCCAAUCACACUCUAGGGAAAUAUACAGUAGAAUGACCUGCCCUCGAUGGGUCCUUAUUGGAAGGAGCAAGAGCAGAGCAGUCUCUGUGGGCAAGUGCUUUGGCCUGGCUUCCAGUUAUUUGAUUAAUGUUUUUUCUUGGCAUAUUGGAAGUUCUCUCAUAGCCCACUGGUGUGCCUGCCUGGGUCCAGUUUGGGAACUGCUGAGACAGUGGUUGGAUGCGACAGAGCAGGGGUGGAGAAACUCAGACAGGGGACCAUAUUUGGCCUGCCAGGCCUACCCAUUUGGCCCACAAGGCUGUUUUGGCCAAGCCACACCCACUGGUCCUAUAUCUGAUGUCAUAUGUGGCAGGGCUUGGCCAAAAGGGAUUGGCAAUGCCUGCAAAGCUCCUUGUGCAGUGCCUCUCAAGUGUACCACAAUCAGCUGCUUUUUGGGCGCUUGGGAAGCACUGUGCCUUUGAACUUUGACAAGUGUCAGUCACCUGAUGUCAUAAUGACUGACAUAAUGAUUGAAUGAUAUGACCUGAUGUCAUAAUGAUAUAAUUGACAUGUGGGUGGUUCUGCCCCCUGUCAAAGUUGGCCUAUAAGGGUGGGGAGAGAAAGCUCUGGCCCACUGGCUCAAAAAGAUGCCCCAUGCCUGCUACAGAGGGUGCCUGGGGGGGGGGGGGGUCCCUCCUUGCACUUUUGCUCUUUUGCUGCCUAACUUUAUUGCAAGUUGUAUUGGCUUCCCUGUGGCCCCUGUCACUUUAAUUUUGUUUCUGAAAUGUUCCCUGUUAUGAUAUCCUUCUCAUACCCUUGGCCUAGAACCUGAAUCUCAUCUACUUUGGGAUAGAUCUUUGCUUGAUUUCCUCUGACAAAAAUAAUUUUAUUCCUCUGUAUGAUUUUUUUUUUAAGGGAGGGGACACAGUUCAGUGGUGUAGCUCAUGUUUUGCAUGGGUAGCUGGUAUCUUCAGCUGAAAAGGAUCAGGUAAUAUCAGAAAGACCUUUCUCGGCCAGAGGCCCUGGAGAGCCACUGACAGUCAGAGGAGACAAUACUGGAUUCCAUGGACAAAUAAUUGCUGAUGCUGGAAAUGGCAUUGAGCUGUAUUCUGCUGUUUGUUUUAUUUUGCAUAUUAAUGUGAUGUCGUUUUAUUAUGUCUUUUUUAAUACUUAAUUUGUAAGCCCCUUUGAGAAUUUGAUUCACAUUGAAUGUUGCUUUUAUCUCAGGUUUCUAAUGGAAUCUAGCUCUCUGAUCUUGCUGCUCUUUUUCAACUGAUUUUUAUUGCUGUUUUUAAUUUACUUUUUAAUCAUUUUAAUAUUUAGUAAUUGUGUUUUAACAUUGGUACUGCUGCUUUAGUUGUAAAUCACCUCAGUAAGUACAAGGGGCAGUUAAUAUUUUCAUUCCUAAGACUGUAAAGGAAGCCUUGAAAAUCUGAGAGGCUUCAUGCAAUCCCAGAAACUGGAGAUGACAGUUUCAUUUUGUUUUGUGUAUUGAUUUGACAUUGUUUUAAUUAUGCUUUUUAUCUUAAUUUGUAAACUGCUCUGAGAAUUUGAUUCAAAUUGAAAAGGUGUCUAAUAACAUGAAAUAAAGAGUUCUAGAACAGUG